CUAGGCGGCUCACUGCUGUUCCUUUGCACCGUCGUCGAGCUCGCAACCCGGACUGAACGCCACGCCAGCGUAGCCUUGACGUCGCCGCCGGACCUCAGUUCUGCAUUGGUUUCUGAGUCUCUGUGAUAGUGUGAAACAAAAGGGAAGAGAUGAAAUUUAAAGACAAAAAAGGUAUCGAUGAAGCAAAGGAGCUUCCAUGGCUGGAAAUUCGCCCACAAUGGGGCGGAGCACCAUUGCGCCAGGCACGCUGCCCCGCCUCCAGGGCAGGAACAAGGGACUUGAUCCCUGUCCCCGCUUCUCCCCAUGCCCAUCGCUUGCUGAGAAAAGUAGUUUUGGGGAGGCAACAUAAAAUGUCUUCGAUACAAUGUGGAAGAAAUGCCAUUAGGCAGAUUGUCCAAGGCGCUUCCGUCCAGCGUUCUGAUGGCGCAGUGCAUCCACUCUUCCAUGCCUGUCAAGGAGUCAGAUACAGGAAGUUGGAAGUUAUACUCACCACGAACAUAGAGAAGCUCGGAAAAGCGGGUGAAACUGUGAAGGUUGCUCCGGGAUAUUUCAGAAACCAUCUCAUGCCCAAGUUGUUGGCUGUCCCGAACAUUGAGAAAUAUGCUUAUCUCAUUAGUGAGCAGCGCAAGAUUUACCAGCCUCAGGAAGUAGAGGAGGUGAAAGUAGUCACCGAGACUGUGAAAAAUAAGAUGAAAGAAUAUGAGGCAGCUGCAAAACGUCUAGACAAUGCACGGCUGGUACUGAGGAGGUUCAUCAAUGUCGAGAAACUACGAACGCGUGCUACAAAAGAUGAGCCAAUAGAAUUGAGAUCACCUGUAAUUAAAGAAGAGCUUGUCUCUGAGGUGGCAAGGCAACUUUGCGUGGAAAUUGACCCUGAAAACAUUCAUUUGCCAAAUCCACUAACAAAUGUGGGUGAAUACGAGGUGCCCCUCCGUCUGCCAAAAUCCAUCCCUCUUCCAGAGGGGAGGAUCCAGUGGACCCUUAAUGUCAAAGUACGAUGCAAAUGAAGCCAACACUUUCGACUUGCUGGCAUCCUCGGGCGUUUUCUUUUGUCCCCCAAAAUUUGUAUCGUGAACAAAUGCUACGAGAAAAUUAUUUUGUAUCAUUUGUUUAUUUGCUGCUGGCUGCAGAUGAAUUUCUCUGUGAUCAUCAACGGGUUAUUACUCUCUCAGUAUUCUGGUUUAC